AUGGCUGAUAUCGAAAAGCCUUACAGCACCUCAAUUUUCAAUUCCCUGCCUGAGCUGCACCACGCACAUGAAGACUUCGUAGCUAACGGCGGACCUGAGCUGGUCAACAAUGUCCUCGGACCUUUGAUCGUUCAGCAUCGAUUGGAAUUCACGCUUGGCGCUGGUCUAUUGCACCGCCACUUUGAUCUUUCAGACAAGGAAAAGCUGGUUGAGUUUAACAAUGUCUCAAUGCCAUGGAUGCACCAGCAGGGUGACAGGCAUAGCGGAGGCCGAAUUCUACCUUGUGCCUGGAUGAUUGAUGGCACCGGCCUCGUUCCGUAUGAGUUCUAUUUCUCGCCACUUUGCCAUGAUACGAAAGCUGACCUAGCUGUCAUGGCCCCAUUUCUCCACAACUUUAUACGCUGUACUAAGGAUGAGGGAUUGGAAGAGACUAUUGGGCUUCGAUUGUUUCAUCGUCCCGGCUUUACAGGGGCUUUGGAAAUGACAGAGUGGAGAGCAAAUAUCAAUUUGACACCCGACCAGGUAAUGUGCAAUCUAUCUUUGAACGUGAUAUCUAUGAACUGA